CCAUAAGGUUGGUGAGAGUGACAAAUGAGGGCACCCUUUUGCUGAUAUCAGUUUAACUAAAAGACAGAAACCAUAGUUUCAAAUUUGCCUUUUUUAUCCAACCUUCUCUCCCUCUGUGUUUUUUUGCAAAUUUCGGUUCACAUUCUCAACUCCAUUUUUUAUUAUUUUUAUUUGUCAAUCUUGUUUUGACAUAUUUUCUCUGGCACAGUCUUGAUAUUCUCAAAAAGUAGUUCCAAUACUUACCAACCCAAUAAAUCCCUAUGUAGAUUGUUAGUCUUUUCUUUCAGCUCAAUUCAGUUUCUCAGAAAGAGGUAGGUUGCCUGCAAGAUCAGAUUUUUAUUCUCUCACUGUUACAUAUUUUGCAUUCUUUUAUCUGUUUUUCCUUUUAACUUCUUCCUGUCUGAAUUCCAUUUGAAGUGUCAAUUUGAAAGCAUGAAUCUUGGCAACUUCUUUGAGUUAUUUUAAAGCCCCUGUUGUGAACCAUAUUCUUGAAUUCUGAUUAGAUACUAAGUUUUAGGCCAAAGACAGAAUCUUGAUUUCUAGCCCUGAAUUUCAGCAGUUCUCAUCAAUGGGUAGAAUUAGCCCAAUAAUUCUCCUAGUGAUAGUGAUUCUAGCAAUUGGCUUCUUCCUACUUGGAUUGCUACAGCUUGUGAUUAGGUGUGUGAUGAAAAGUCCAUCAUUUUCCUCAAUCUCACAAUCCAGCAGGUUCCCUGAUGCUGCUUCUGCUGCUUCACACACAUUCCAGAGGCAGCUGCAUCAGCUUUUCCGGCUACAUGACUCGGGCCUCGACCAGUCGUUGAUAGAUGCUCUGCCUCUUUUUUACUACAAGGACAUCAUAGGAUUGAAGGAGCCAUUUGAUUGUGCUGUUUGUCUCUCUGAGUUCUCAUUUCUUGACAAGCUCAAGGUCCUGCCUAAUUGCAGCCAUGCCUUCCACAUCCACUGCAUUGAAACAUGGCUGCUGUCGAAUUCGACCUGCCCUCUAUGUCGAAGCCUAAUCGGAUUUGGGAGUUCAGCUGAUAGCCCCUUGUUCAGCACUUGUGAUUUGGAUCACCAAUGGAGCAGCUUGUCUUUCCCUGAUGGGCCUAGUGGCUCAUCUCCUGCCAAUUCUAGGCCCGAGACGAGCAAUGCUGGGGCGGCCAGGACGCUCUCUGUUCGUCUUGGGAAGUUUAGGAGCACUAAUGAAGGAGUAGGUAGUGAAAUCCAGAUGCAAAAUGAAGUCAGUAGCAGCAACCUUGAUGCUAGGAGAUGUUAUUCUAUGGGUGCUUUUCAAUAUGUUGUUGGUGACACCAACCUUCAAGUGGCGCUGCCUCGCUGCAGUGGCGUUGCAACGAGGGCUAAAGUGCGAUUUGGCAGCGAGGAAGCGGAUGAGAAGAAGAUUGGUGUUAGGAGUAGAGGUGAUAGUUUCUCUGUAUCCAAGAUUUGGCUAUGGUCCAAGAAAGGCAAGUUCAAUCCUACAUCACAAGCAAAUGAAAAUAUAGUAGUAAGUGGUUUAGUAUGAAAAAGAGGUUGUUUUGAUAUGGUGUUUGGGUUAAGAGAAACUAUAGUAUUUUGUUUUCAAUAGAGAAAAGCAUUAGUCUUUUUACCUUAGCAGCAAAGAUGACUAAUUUUUUACUAUAACUAAUUUUGUACAAAGUACAUGCAUGUUGCAAGUUUUCACACAGAUGAAGGUGAAAAAGUAUGUGACAAUAUGCUUUAUUUUUCACAUACCAUAUUCUGUUUUUAGAAGAAAAUUUUGGUGGGGUGUUAAUGUGAUUCAUGUGUAAGGACUUGCUUAGGCUUUAGCCUUC